CCAUUUUUACUGUACAAUGGCUGAACUUGGUUAGAUAUAUUUUGCCAGAAGAAUACACAUCGAACUCCAAAAAUGGAAGGGCGAAUGGUAGCCAUACUUCCUCCUAUUGAAAGGAAUAUUUCUCCAAGAGCUGGUCAGCAAUUUGAAGGACUAACAGGACCUUCAUACAAGAUUGAGGAUAAAUCAUAUCCCUUACCAAAUCCUAAAACUUUAAGGCCUUAUGUUGACACAAGAUCAGGAGAUGUGGACACAUGGCCAGCUCACGCCAGUGGCCAAGCAGGGGGUUCCACAACUUUGAUGUUGUCCAAAUCUAAAAGUCUCAUUCUCUAUGAUGAAGAGGCUAUGGGGAAACCCAAAAUGAUCCCCAAACCCAGAUUUCUGGAACAACUGGAGAGUUACUUGAAAAAAGAGUUACGGGCCUUGGGAGUCACAGAUGUUAAUGCUAAUGAACUCAGACUACAGGCACACAGAGAGGUUUUUGAAUACUUGAUUGAGGACUUUAAAACUUACAAGCCUCUCUUAUCAGCAAUAAAAAAUGAGUAUGAAAUGAUGCUGGCAUAUCAGAGACAGGUCAUAAGAGAACUGGAACCAUUAAAGCAAAUGUUAGUGACAGUAUCAGAACAGUGUGAUCAGAAAAUAAUGGCCAUAAGAGAAGAAGAGAAGCAAGAGAUAAAGGAUUUGAAAGCUGAAAACAAGAGAUUGCUAGAGAAAAUCCAAAACAUGCAGAAUGAGCGGUUAGAUCUGGUAGCAGAAGUGAAAAAGCUGGAAGAUGAUUUAGCGGAAACUUACAAAAAUUACAGAGAUGAAUUAGACUCUAAAAAAUUAUUAUUACAAGAAAUGAAUGACAUGAGAGACCAGAAGGAUGAUUUAAUGGCUUCUAAAGAGGCAGCUGAAAUGGAGGCUCAAGAUGACCCAGUUACCCUCAAAAUAGCUCUCAGACAAGCCAGAGAAGAUGAAAAGAAUGCCACAAAACGUCUGAAUGACAUGAUAACAAACUACUAUGAUGUCAUUCCAAGAAGAGACUUUGAGAAUUUAGAGGCUAAAUAUAACAAAUUGGUUGAAUCCAAUGACACACUGAAGGAUGAUUUUGAUAAAUUGAAAGCAGAACAUGAUACACUUCUGGAUAUUCAGAAACAAGUAACAAAACAGAGAGAUGAAUUCUAUGUAGAAUUAGAACAAAUGAAGAGGGCAUCCACUCCAAGACCUGACUGGGAGAAAUGUGCUGAUUUCAUAUCUGGAGGUGUUGUGCGAUGGAAGGAACUCUCUGAUGGCAAGUCCUCCAAUGAACUUGUGGACGUUUUGUUGGCAGAAGUCCAAGCAGGCGGACCUGUGGACUCGGGAGGGGCUGAGUACUUUGAUGGACAGGGAACUGGGCCAUCAGUUCCAAAAUACCUAAGAUAUGAUGGUCCUGUGAGGAAUCGUCGUCUUGGAAAAAGAGAUUGUCUUCUCCUCAUUCGAGACAUCUGGAGGGAGAAAGCUGCCCAUGAUGCAUCUAAAGGUGAUGGGGAGAGGAGGGAUACCAUGGCUGACUUCCUGGAUAUAUACCUCAGUAGACGAUUUGCAAUGGAGCAGAUGAAGGUAGAAUGGGGAUAUAACCUUCAUGAUGCCUGUCAAAAAUAUGCCAGUGAUGAUCUUGUCGGAAUGUUUUGGGGAAUUCUGGAAGACAAUAUUGAUGAAGAAAUUUACCAUGAUCAGAUGGCCAAAAUAGAACAGCUUUUAAAUCAGCUGACGUCCAUUGAUGUAGAAAAAGGAAAUCCUGGAAAGAUCACAAAGGAUGAACUGAGAACUGGAAUCCGGACAGUGCUUCCAGCUGUGGAUGAGGAGUCCAUGGCAGCACUCAUCAAGGCUGCUGAGCUGGAACUGGAUGCUCAGAAUACAGAAGAUAUUGACUACAAAGAAAUGUUCAAAGAGGAUGACGAGGGCAGGUUUGGGCCUUUCCUUGAUGAAGUUCUAAAAUGGAUAAAACAAGACAGAAUAAAUUUUGGAGAGGAAGUUAAACAGAAGCUAGGAGAGAGCACCAAAGUAGAAGUUGAUGAAAUGAAACAGCUGAUCAUGGGGGCGGCUCCAAACUUGGACACUCCCCAAUUACUGAAGAUUUUGGCCUGGGUGUUUGAGACGAUCCCAGAAAAUGUACCUAGUGCUGAAGGCAUUGAACUUUCUCGAGCCAUUGAGAGGCUACAAAACUGCCAUGUUCCACGAUCAUAGAGUCAAUUCUUAGUGAUCCUGGGUUUAAAUGAGUGUAUCUGGUGAUUUGAAUGAAAGGGAGAAUGAGAGGAGACAAUGCAGACUUAAGGGAUCAUAAGCUAUUUCUGUGAUAACAUUUUAACUGGAUAGUACAUAUUUAUUUUACGUACAUAUGCUGAGUAUAUGUACAUGUAUGCAUUGUUAAUGUAUUUUUAAUGUGUGAAGUUGUGACGAUAGAACAUUUCUGUACCCUGGUCUGUGAUACCUUAUUUUUCAAUGAAGUACAUUAACAUGUACUGUAUGUCUAGUAUACAUCUAUAUGUAUGGAAAUA